ACAAGUGUAACUUCUUAGCUCGUGCCAAUCACAAGAGCAAGAAGCUACUGAUCUUAGCUGAGCUAGAGUUCCAGUGAUCAUUAAGGAAAGAAUUAGCACUUGGUCAAUCACACAUAGGUAAUUAAGAUUAAUUGCGAUCGAGAUCAUAUCACUAGCUAGCUAGCUGUGUGUACGGAGUACGGUGCCAUGGCUUCCAGGACUUGGCAUUGCUGGUUGUUGCUCGUCUUCUUCCUCCUCUCCGACGACGCCUCCGGGCAGCUGUCGACGUCGUACUACGCAGAUAGCUGCCCGUCGGUGGAGAAGGUCGUGCACGCCACCGUGGCGAGCGCCAUCCAGGCCGAGCGCCGGAUGGGCGCCUCCCUCAUCCGCCUCUUCUUCCACGACUGCUUCGUCCAGGGCUGCGACGCGUCCAUCCUUCUGGACGACGUGCCGGCGACCGGGUUCGUCGGCGAGAAGACCGCCGCCCCGAACAACAACUCCGUGCGCGGGUACGAGGUCAUCGACCAGAUCAAGGCCAACGUCGAGGACGUCUGCCCCGGCGUUGUCUCCUGCGCCGACAUCGUCGCCCUCGCCGCGCGCGACAGCACCGCCCUGCUCGGCGGGCCGAGCUGGGCGGUGCCGCUCGGCCGGUGCGACUCGACGACGGCGAGCCGCAGCGAAGCGAACAGCGACCUGCCGGGGCCGGGGAGCAACCUCACCAUGCUCAUCGCGCGGUUCGGCAACAAGGGCCUAAGCCCGCGCGACAUGACGGCGCUGUCGGGCUCGCACACCGUCGGCUUCUCGCAGUGCACCAACUUCCGCGCCCACAUCUACAACGACGCCAACAUCGACCCGUCGUUCGCCGCGCUGCGCCGCCGCGCGUGCCCCGCCGCGGCACCCAACGGCGACACCAACCUGGCGCCGCUCGACGUGCAGACGCAGAACGCGUUCGACAACGCCUACUACGGCAACCUGCUGGUCCGGCGAGGCCUGCUCCACUCCGACCAGGUGCUGUUCAACGGCGGGUCGCAGGACGCGCUGGUGAGGCAGUACGCCGCCAACCCGGCGCUGUUCGCCGCCGACUUCGCCAAGGCGAUGGUGAAGAUGGGGAACAUCGGGCAGCCCAGCGACGGCGAGGUCAGGUGCGACUGCAGGGUCGUCAACGACAGCUGAUCAUCCAUGGGCUGUAUAUAUUUUCAUGUGGAUUUGUGGUGACGUAUCUUUGUUGUAAAUACUGUGAUGCAAUAAAGCAGCGUGGUAACAUCGUUGCUAUUUUCUCUCAAUGCUCUUUGUGGUUUUACUCCUUCCGUUUUUAAUAAAUAACGUCGUUAUGUGUUUAA